GCACUCUCCGCCUCUUCUGCCCCCGGCUUUCCCGCGCUGUCCUCCCGGGCCUCGCUUCCCCCGGCCCCUGCGCGGGCCCGACUGAGAGGUUCCGGAGCCAGGCCGCCGGCUGGGUGUGGACGCUGCCGGCCCUUCCGCCCCAGGCCCCUCGGCACUGCCUCGGAAGCCUCGGCUUCCCCAGGGAGUGCAGGUUUGCUUCCGAGGGUCGGCGGGCCGCGCUGCGGGAAGGAGGAGCGCGCUGGGAAGGUCAGUGCGGCCAGCCCCCGGUCUCGGGCCGCGGAGGCCGCCCUCGCCCUUGGGAAUCCUUGGCCGCCCAGACAGAAGGGGAAUCGGCGCCGGGGAGCCCGUUCUGCAUUUUGAUUCAUCUUGGGCCCUAGGCUCUUUUUUGGACAGCUUGGACUAAGUGGAGAUUGAUAAGAAAAUCAAAUGGCAUCCGGGGAUUACUGCUCGCCUGGAGAAGGGGUGGAAAUGCUUCACCAAGUCUGCAGCAAACAGUUUCCUCCUUGUAACCUGAGUGAAGAGGAUCUGUUACAGAACCCACACUUCAGCAGGCUGCUGCUGAGUCUCUCUGAGCGCAUGGACGAGAGUGGCUUAUGCCUCACCCUGGCAGAGGAGCAGGCUCAGGCAUGGAAGGAAGUUCGAGUGCAUAGGACAACAUGGUUGAGGUCAGAAAUUCUGCAGAGAAUCAUUCAGGAGCUGCUUGUGGACUACUAUGUAAAGACGCAAGACACAAAUUUAACUUCUGAGGACAAAAAGUUUCAUGAGACCCUUGAACAGCGACUGCUUGUGACUGAACUGACCCGACUCCUAGGUCCCAGCCAGGAGAGAGAGAAACCUCCACUGCUAGGGCUGGAGAAAGCAGACCUUUUGGAACUCAUGCCGCCCUCAGAGGAUUUUGUGUGGAUGAGAGCCCGGCUCCAGCUAGAAGUGGAAGAGCAGCUCAAAAAGAAAUGUUUCACUCUGCUUUGCUACCAUGAUCCCAAUUCAGAUGCCGACAGUGAAACCCUGAAGGCAGCAAAGGUGUGGAAACUGGCAGAGGUCCUGGUGGGCGAGAAGCAGCAGUGCCAGGACGCCAAGCGCCAGCAGCAGGAGCAGAUGGUGCUGCUGGAGAGGAAGAGCGCCACCUACUCCCAGGUGCUUCUCCGCUGCCUGGCCUUACUGCAAAGGCUCCUUCAGGAGCACCGGCUGAAGACUCAGUCUGAGCUGGACCGUAUCAACGCUCAGUACCUGGAAAUCAAGUGCAGUGCCAUGAUCCUCAAGUUGAGGAUGGAGGAACUAAAGAUUCUGUCUGACACGUACACUGCUGAGAAAGUGGAAGUUCAUCGUCUCAUUAGGGACCGCCUGGAGGGAGCCAUCCGCCUACAGGAGCAGGACAUGGAGAGGUCGCAGCAGGUUUUGAACACCUAUGAGGUGCUUGGGGAGGAGUUUGACAGGCUGGUUAAAGAGUACACCCAACUCAAGCAGGCCACCGAGAACAAGCGCUGGGCCCUCCAGGAGUUCAACAAGGCCUACCGCUGAGUGUGCCAGGGCCAGCAAGCACGGCUCCUGCAUAGCCACGGCUCCUUCCUGCUGAAAGGAGCACCUCCCCCAGGGACUGCCUCACUACAAGGGAGUGGGGGGGCACCCCCUAAAAACUUAGGCACCCUCCUGGUUUCUCUUCCUCGCUUAUGAUGACUGAGCCCUUUCUGAAAAAUUUAGCAAGCAGAUUGAUUCAUUUUAUGCAUAGCUGUUUGUCAGUGUCAGCCCUGUACUGUAUUUGAUUAUUUUCUAAGUAAAAUGAUAUUACUAUG